AUGACCACGAGGACGUCCGCGAAUACCUUGAGAGCGACGUCCUCACUGGUAGGCCACCACUUGUACCCGCUCGCGAUCUCGCGGGACCAUCUCAACUUCAUCAGCAGCAUUCUGGGCCCUUGCACGUUUGGCGUCAAAUUCCUCAAGCGGUGGCGCGUUGGAGAUGCUCUCAAGGCCAAUAUCUUCAAGGCGCUCAUUCAACAGCUCCGUCCUCAAGAGCUUCAGACGGACGUGAUGCAGCUGCUCCGAGAGAAGCUGGCUGUCAACAAGCAAGCUGGCCUUCAGCACCUUGAGAAGAUCAUCCUCAAGCGGGCAUUUUUUUACAAGUCGUGGAGCCCCAAGACGAAGCGUCCUCGUGACAAGGAGUCGUCCGACGAAGACGAGAAACCGUCGCACGAGGAGCAGCAAGGUGCGCGCGGGAAGAAGAAGCGCAAGUUCAAGCAGAAGGACAACAAGCCUCCAGUGCAACAAGAACGCAAGAACGAUGGAACGACCGUGCUGGCACUGCGGCAGCAAGAAGCACAAAUUGCGGGACUGCCCGAGUUCGAACGCCAAGCAGAAGGCGAUUGCCGUCAAGAAGGAUUGGAAGAGCGGUCGUCGUGGCGGAGGCGGCGACGGCAGCAAACAAGGCGGCAACGAAGGCAACGGGGGCGGUGA